CGACCUUACCAACACCUUGUGAUCUACGUGAGGCCUCCGGAUCAUCUGCUUGAACACGAUCCUCCCACUUCUGUCUUUCUCUCUCUCUUCUUUUCUUUCCAUGUUUGUUUCUAAUCUCUGAUCGCUAUGACCCUACGCUCGUUUCUCUUGGGAAGCGCCCUUGCGCUCUCCAGCGCUAGCGCUUUGCUUGUCGUCCCCGAAAUCGGCGCAGACGGCUUUGUCAUGCCCGACGAUGUCGCCCGUCUUAAUCCGCUUGAGGCCCAGGCGGCUCAGCAGCAGCAGGUCGACCUGCUCUGCACCGGUUGUCCACUUGCCAUUCAAAGUGGCGACGAGACUUCUCUGUCUCUGAAAUUCACCGUCGAUGAUGGCCUCCUUCUAGCCAACGACCGUCAGAUUUUCCCUCCGGCUCCUCCGUCACAGAUCUCGGCCGUCCAGCGUCGCGUGCGUGAUGGCGAAGAAUCCGAGCCCGUCCCACUGGGCUACGCCGUCGAAUUGAUGCCCAUCCCGUCUCCCCCCCAGGAGCCCUUCGAUAUGGUCGAGGUUCGAUUCACCGUUCUCGAUCUUGAUGGCUACCCGGUUCCCCUGGACACGAUUGCCAUCACCCUUAUCCAUGACGUUGAGGGUACGCUCUACAUGGCCGGAACCAAUAUCGAGGUGACCGCCGAUCGUGAAUCUUGGGAGCAGUGCGGCGGAAACGCUCGGUGCCUGCGACGUUUCUUGGUCCACCGUAUCAGGGCCAUGUUCGCUGCGGCCAAGGAGCGCAUCAUUGGCAUGUUCAAGGGACAGGGCUGUGCCGACGCUUCUGGGGCCCCGCACCCGCCUCCUCCUUUCCUGCCACCCCCCGGCGACUUUGACCGCCACGAGUCUGGUGGCGAGCCUCACCGUCAUCACGGCCACCACGGCCCUCACCCUCCUCCCCCACACUUCCACGAUAAGUUCCACAAGACUUGGGAACGGACCCUGCACCGCGUUGUGCGCUUCAUUGUUGUCCCGGCCAUCCUCGGAGUCUUGGCCGGUCUGGCCGCCAGCGCCGUGGGUAUGCUUGUGGGCCAGCUCGCCAUCUUCAUGUGGCAGCGUUACCGCCGCUCUUCGCGCAAGGAAACCAACGAAGAGGGAUCGGUUUCUGAGAAGCAGGGUCUGAUGGCCGAGCCUGUUGAGGACCUUCCUCCGGCAUACAACGACGAUGAGCCAAUCGUUGAGCAGAAUGCUGACAAGGUUUGAUGGAUCACGUUGAGGCUGCCAUGAGCUGGCUAUUGCCAAACAGCAUGGGAAAGGAGGCCAGGCUCCGGCUGCUGGACGGGAAGAGCUUUAGGUAUAUGAACUAGGAACAAGAAGUGUGACGGUCUGGAUUUGUUAUCAGACGUGACUUUGUUCUGUUCUCCUUUCAAAGUCUGCUAUUCUUACGCCUUUGCCAUUCCCUAUACAUUUCCUUGUUUAAAGUGACCAAAUCUCACUGACGUAAUCUGCUU